AUGGCCGCAGCAACGCUCAUUCGUCAGGCUCUGCCUCAACUUGACGAUCCCGUCGUCGACUACCUCGACGGCUACAUCGACGACGCCGCCGAUGAUCCUACCGAAGAUCUCUUCGAGAGCGUGGUGAGACCCAUGCUCGAAUCCGCUUGCAUAUCCGACCCAUCCUCGUCAAAGCAGGUCCACGCUUUGCUGCCCAAGCUGCUCGAGCUCAUCCAGUCCAAGCUGCCGGACGAUGCCGAUGCCGCCAACGCCAACGGCCUCACACGUCUCGACAAGGUCGUCGACAUGCGCAACACCGAAAUGUCGCGCACCUCCGGCUUUGAUUCCGCCGGCGGUGUCGAUAUCGCCCUCGGCACCACAAAGCAGAACCGCUCCACCGUCGAUGUCAAGAAGCUCGAGAAGCAGGAGGCAAAGACGCGCGCCAAGCUCGCCAAGCGUGCCCAGCGAGAUCUGUACGAAUCCAGCAAACUGGUGCAGCAGUCCAAACAGCAGGCCAGCUACGAGGAGCUCUUCCUCAAAGUCAACCCGAUCGAAAGCAUCGGCAACAAGGGCAAGAACAAAGACAUUCAUCUCCCCAACAUCGACGUCAACUUUGGCAGCAACCGUAUCCUCUCCAAUGCCACUCUUACCAUCAAGGCUGGACGCAGGGCCGGUGUCAUCGGUCGCAAUGGUGUUGGUAAAUCCACUUUGCUGCGCAACAUGGCGUUGCGAGAGGUUCCUAUUCCCACGUCCAUCUCCAUCCUGUACGUCGAGCAGGAGAUCACCGGUGACGAUACCCCGGCCAUCGAAAGCGUGCUCAAGGCCGACGUGUGGCGUGCAAAGCUCAUGCAGGAAGAAGCCGAGAUCAACGCAGAGCUUCAGAAGCUCGAAGACUCGGCUGCGGCUGCCGUCGCUGCUGCCAACGCCGCCGCUGCCGCGCAGGCCGACGGUACCGAAGGCGAUGAUGACGCCACCGCUGGUCUUUCGCGAGGUUCUGCGGUCGACAUGCCCACACGACAGCGUGAGAUCAAGCGAGAAGAGCUUUCGGCACGCCUCGGCGAGGUGCAAGCCAAGCUCGUCGACAUGGAGGCCGAGACCGGUCCAGCACGAGCCGCGUCGCUCCUCAACGGUCUCGGUUUCAAGGCGGAAGAUCAGCUGCGCGCAACAAAGACCUUCUCCGGUGGUUGGAGGAUGCGUCUCGCCCUCGCACGUGCCCUUUUCUGCAAACCGGAUCUGCUCAUGCUCGACGAGCCGUCGAACCACUUGGACCUCAACGCGCUCGCCUGGCUCGAAGACUACUUCGUGAACGACUACCAAGGCACGCUUCUGGUCGUGUCGCACGACCGAGCCUUCCUCAAUCGUGUCGCCACCGACAUCAUCCACAUGCACAGCGAAAGGCUCGAUUACUACAAGGGGAAUUUCGACCAGUUCUACCAGACUCGCGAGGAACGACGUCGCAACCAGCAGCGCGAGUACGAGGCCGUCGAGCUGCAGCGUGCACAGCUGCAGGCAUUCAUCGACCGAUGGAGGGUCAAUGCCAACCGUGCCGCCCAGGCGCAGAGCAAGAUCAAGCAGCUCGAGAAGUUGCCCCACAUCGAGCCUCCGGAGGACGACGACGUGGUGCACUUCCGUCUGCCCGAGACCGAGAAGCUGCCGCUGCCGCUGCUGCAGAUCAGCAAUGUGACGUUCGGAUAUCGACCGGAUCGGCUGUUGCUCAAGAGCGUCGACUUUGACAUUACGCAGCAGUCGCGUGUCGCGGUGGUGGGACCCAACGGUGCGGGUAAGUCGACGCUGAUGAAGCUGCUCAUGGGCGAGAUCACGCCUCUGCAGGGCGACCAGAAGCGAAACAGCCGAUUGCGGGUCGGAUUCUUCUCGCAGCACCACAUCGAUCAGCUCGACCUGAACGCCAACCCGGUCUCCUUCCUCGCCUCCAAGUACCCCGGCAAGACCGAGCAGGAGUACCGCUCGCACCUCGGCGCCUUCGGCAUCAAGGGCAUGACCGGCCUGCAGAAGAUCGCCACGCUCUCGGGAGGUCAGAAGUCGCGCGUGGCGUUUGCGCACAUCUCGAUGAUGCGUCCGCACGUGCUGCUGCUAGACGAGCCGACGAACCACCUGGAUACCGAGGGUCUCGAUGCCCUGUGCGAGGCGAUCAAGAAGUUCAACGGCGGUGUGAUCUGCAUCUCGCACGACGAGACAUUCAUUCAUAAUUGCUUGGAGGAGCUGUGGGUCGUGGACGAUGGGAGGGUGGAGAAGUUCGCAGGGGAUGUGGCAGAGUAUAAGAAGAUCAUCUUGUCCAAGAACAAGGAUCGCGCGGCGAGGCCUUAG